ACUCAAUCAAUUAAUAACGGCUGCAACUAUGCACCUGCUGAUUGCACUGCUCAUCUUCACCGUGUUCUACACUACUGCCCAUGGGAAUUUACCCACGCGGGAGGACUAUAUUGCAUGUCCUAAAGGCUCAGUCAUCAACGGAUUCCAACUCAAACUUGAAACGAAACGAGGCGUUUUGAGCCUAGAUCAUGGUGUCACUGAACUGAUUUUUUUCUGCAAUCCACCGGACGGAAAUACCCUAAGCAUCGAUAACAAAAUUGUCAUUUACAAUGAUUCGCCAUAUGGAUACUGGAGAUCGAUUCAAUGGUGUCCCAAAGGAUCUGUUAUCAUUGGAAUCACAGAAAAAAUCGAUUCCGAAAAAUUUGACAACGCCGGUAUUACCAACUUUGGUGCUAGGUGCGGACGCCCAGAAGACAGAACUGAACAACCAUCUUUUCUCUUUGCCAAGCUCUACACUCAUGGUAAAUGGACCCUCCCGGAAAGCUGGUGUGAUGUUGGAUCGGCCUUGGCCAGUUUUAACCCAAGAUUUACCAGAAGACGAGGGCUCGAAAGCGCUAGUUAUGGAUGCCGCAAAGUCUAG